AUGGUCACUGACGAGGCUCAUGGUGCAGCGCUCUUCGCAAGGGAGGCGAUCACAUGGCGCGGCGCACGGCAUGGAGCAGCUCCCGUGGUGGUCACAUGCCCAGGCACAUUGCUCGAUACAGGGAGUGCAUGGUUGAUUGCACAGCAGAUCGUAACCAGAGUGAGGACAUCGGACCUAUGCCACAGUUCUGGACACCUUUGUCUGACAUUUGAUGCUUCCGAGAUCAAUCGCAUGGUAACAAGCGACGUUGCGCUUGACAUACCCGCAUGGAAGCUCCACGCUUUCGACUUAAACCAAACAUCGCCCACAGUCUUGGCCGCAGAGUUUAGGGCAGGUAUGCUCGCAGGUUGUGUGAAGGCGCUGGAACAGCUGGGAGCAGUCUACUGCUUCGUGUAUCAUGUCGGAGUGACAUUGGGCCUGACGUCGAUGACCGCAUGCCUGCAGCCGGCGCUCACACGGCAGGUCACAGCCGCCCUCGGGUCUCUUGCGCGCAAAGUCCUCGGGCUCCGAACACAGUAUGUCUCUCUACGAGUGACGAGGGCAGCACAAGGGCAGCGCGGCACCCACCGUACCAGCGAGGAACUUCGUAAGACGUAA